UCGGAAUGAGGACGAAGUCGGCCUAAUUAGGGAUUGUGUGGCUGUGGCUGAGGUGGCGCAACAGUCCCAAGGAGCUGAGAGUCAGCAGCAUUUGGAUGCCAGCCCCAGUGCCAAUUGUUGUCGACAAACCUCGGGGACAGCCCUGAGCAGUGCUGAGUUUCAGCGGCGGGUUAUAAACAGUUUAAAUAUCGUGAGGCACAAUCAGGCUGAAAUUAUACAGAUGCUGACAGUAGCCCUACAAAGAAAUAGUCCUCCAGGUGCAGAAACUUCAAACACUCCUGAGCCAGUGCUGCGCUGCCCACUGGACAGUGUGCGAGAAGUCCUUGAUUUCAAUGAAGAACUGACUGAAGGAAAAAGUGAAGCUCUGGUUCUGGACCUUAUGGGCUAUGGAACAAGAACCCUGAACACAACUAUUAAGUCAAUGAUGGCUUAUAUAAUGAGUGAUCAGGCUGCGUCGGAAUUUAGUAUGGACGGCCGCAAAGGCAAGGUUCGAUUUAGGGACCUGAAGCUCGUCAAAGUUCUGUUCUGUAAGUGUACAUCUUCACAUCUGGUAGAAAUUGACUGUUUCUUGAAACUUAAGGCGCGCCCAUUUCUUUUAGCGGCUGCUCGGCGGACACGCCACCACAAAGACUGCACGGUAGACGACGUGCUCUACCACAUAAAGGAUUGGCUGCACAUAGUGAUUGAGGAUUCAAAAUGA